AUGUUCUGGAAAAAUCUCCAUGCAGACAUAGUGUUAAAAAUUAAAGAGGGCCAAGCUAGGUGGGGUAUCAUAAAAAACCGCACAAUUUGGCCACGUUAUGAAGCCCGGAUGCAUCUCCUACAUAUAAAGGCUGUCAGAGCUAAAAUUGAAAAUGCCCCUGCCACUGCAGUUCUUGUAUUCAAGGAAUCUGACGAAAUGGCUCAGUUGAAGCAAAAACAACUGCAAUCUGGUUUCGAACUAUUUAGGAAGUUUGCAAAAAUUGUGGAUGCAGAAGGAAAGUGGGACAUCACUGUGGGAGGGGUCAUGAAUUUAAUGGGUCGCGGUCGCCUCAUUUGA